CGCCGUAUGGUAGACGGGACGAGUGAAGUUCGCAGAAACAGGGAUGAGAGGUACGACUGUCGAUGUAGCGGGCUAUCACUUCUCAAACACCGGGAUCAUCUAAAAGUUGCGUGGAGUUUCAAGGCGAACGAGCCGAGGAGCGUUUAGCUGUGAGAAUAUAAAGUGAAGGAAACAACUUACAGUCAACAGGCAGUGCGUGUCUAUAUUUCCUUUUAAUAGGAACAUGAACAUAAUUGUGGUCUAGGCAAACAGUAAACACAUUAAGAACGAUGAUGCAUUAUUGUUUCAGUUUGACGCUCUCGAAUUGACUAUAUUGGACAUUCAAGUGUUAACUUUACGCAAUUUUCGUAGAAUUGUCGCACAGGUAUUUUUUAUAUUUCUUACGCGUUAUAAUGGCAGAACACGAAAGUUUGGAAUUCGGAAAGGCGGACUUUGUGCUUCUUGACAAUGUGUCUUUGGAGGAGUUUAUGGGCAACCUCAAGCUCAGGUUUGAAAAGGGUCGUAUCUACAGCUUCAUUGGAGAAGUGGUGGUGUCGGUUAACCCUUACCGUGCCAUGAACAUUUAUGGGCGGGACACCAUCGAGCAGUACAAAGGCCGAGAGUUGUACGAGCGCCCGCCACAUCUAUUUGCCAUUGCUGAUGCCGCAUACAAAGCCAUGAAGAGAAGGAACAAAGACACAUGCAUUGUUAUCUCAGGGGAGAGUGGAGCUGGAAAAACAGAGGCUAGUAAAUACAUUAUGCAAUAUAUCGCUGCUAUCACCAAUCCCAGCCAAAGAGCAGAGGUGGAGAGGGUGAAAAACAUGCUGCUGAAAUCCAACUGUGUCCUGGAGGCUUUUGGGAAUGCUAAGACCAACCGCAAUGAUAACUCCAGCCGGUUCGGCAAGUACAUGGAUAUCAACUUUGAUUUUAAGGGAGACCCCAUUGGCGGCCAUAUCAGCAACUAUCUGCUUGAGAAGUCUCGAGUCAUUUUUCAGCAGGAAGGUGAGAGAAGCUUCCACUCUUUCUACCAGCUGGUCAAGGGAGCUCCAGAUGCUCAGCUGCGGUCCUUGCACAUUCAGAGAGAUCCCACAGCAUACAACUACAUUAAAGUUGGAGGCCAGAUAAAGUCCUCUAUAAAUGACAGCGCUGAUUUUAAAAGUGUCACUGAUGCCAUGAAGGUGAUUGGCUUCACUGCAGAGGAGAUUCAGACGGUCUACAAGAUCCUGGCUACCAUCUUGCAUCUGGGGAAUCUGAAGUUUGGAAGUGAUGGAGAUGUGACUCUCAUUGAGAACUCUAAGCUGGUGGCUGUGCUGGGGGAUUUGCUGUCUACCAAAGAGGAGAAUGUAGAGAAGGCCCUACUCUAUCGCACUGUGGCUACUGGCCGUGACGUCAUUGACAAACAGCACACUGAUAAAGAAGCUAGUUAUGGCCGUGAUGCCUUGGCCAAGGCCAUUUAUGAGCGUCUUUUCUGUUGGAUUGUGGGAAGAAUCAAUGAUAUCAUUGAGGUGAAAAACUAUGAUGCAAGGGUCCAUGGGAAGAACACAGUGAUUGGAGUCCUGGACAUCUAUGGCUUUGAAAUCUUUCAGAACAACAGUUUUGAGCAGUUCUGUAUAAACUACUGCAAUGAGAAACUGCAGCAGCUCUUCAUUCAGCUGGUGUUGAAACAGGAACAGGAGGAAUAUCAGCGAGAGGGGAUUCCCUGGAAACAUAUCGACUAUUUUAACAAUCAAAUCAUAGUGGAUCUGGUGGAACAACAGCAUAAGGGCAUUUUCGCGGUCCUGGAUGAGGCAUGUAUGAAUGUUGGGAAGGUGACAGAUGAAAUGUUCCUGCAGGCGCUCAACGGCAAACUGGCGAAACAUGCCCACUACACCAGCCGCAAGCUUUCACCAACCGACAAAAAUCUGGAGUUUGACCGAGACUUCCGCAUCCGCCAUUAUGCAGGAGACGUGGUUUACUCUGUUGUGGGCUUCAUUGACAAAAACAAGGACACCUUGUUUCAGGAUUUCAAGAGGCUUCUUUACAACAGCUCAAACCCUGUGCUGAGGGCCAUGUGGCCAGAGGGCAAGCUGAGUAUCACAGAGGUCACCAAGCGACCCCUGACUGCUGCCACACUCUUCAAAAACUCCAUGAUCUCUCUGGUGGAGAACUUGGCCAGCAAGGAGCCAUACUAUGUCCGUUGCAUAAAGCCAAAUGACGUGAAGUCUCCGCUGCUGUUUGAACAUGAGCGCUGUAAGCACCAAGUGGAGUACCUGGGCCUCCUGGAGAACGUCCGGGUGCGACGAGCAGGCUUUGCUAACCGACAGACCUAUCCACGAUUCCUUCAGAGGUAUAAGAUGAUCUCAGAGUUCACCUGGCCCAACCACGACCAGCCUUCGGAUAAAGAGGCAGUGAAACGUCUCCUGCAGGGUUGUGGGUUCGAACACGACGUGGCCUAUGGCAAGACCAAAGUGUUCAUCCGCACCCCCCGAACCAUCUUCAGCCUGGAGGAGCAGAGAGCAGAGAUGGUGAAGAGGAUCGUCCUCUUUCUACAGAAGGUGUGGCGUGGGACACUGGCCAGAAUGCGAUACCGCCGCAUGCGUGCUGCCCUCAUCAUCAUCCGGGCGUACAGACGCUACAAGGUUAAAUCGUACGUCUGCGAGAUCAACUCCCGCUUCAGAAAUGUCCGCAGCAUGAAGGAUCAUGGCAAACAUGUGAAGUGGCCCACGCCGCCCAAGGUCUUGCGCAAGUUUGAAGAGGCACUGAGGAACAUCUAUAACAGAUGGUGGGCCUGGACACUCAUUAAAGACCUGUCUCCAGAAGAAACGCUGCAGAUCAGGGCUAAAGUGGCUACACUGGAGUGUCUGAAGGGGCAGAGAGCAGAUCUCGGACUGCAGAGAGUCUGGGAGGGCAACUACCUGAAAAGGGACAUUCCUGGGACAGCAUCUUCCUUUACUCUGGUGUCCAGUGAUCUGCAGAGGAAAGAUAAAUUCAUGAGGGUCCUUUUCUCCUGCAAUGUCCGCAAAAUAAAUCGCUUCAAUAAGGCAGAGGACCGAGCAUUGCUCAUCACUGAUCGCCAUCUUUACAAAAUGGACCCAGUCAAGCAAUACAAGCCCAUGAAGAGCAUCCCACUCUAUAAUGUGACCGGAGUGAGCGUUUCCCCUGGGAAAGACCAGCUGGUUGUCUUCCACACAAAAGACAACCGGGACCUAAUCGUGUGCCUGCAGGGUAUGGUGCCAGCAGGGGAUAGCCGCAUCGGAGAGCUGGUGGGGACUCUGCUCAGCCACUUCAAAAGUGAGAAGAGGAAGCUACAGGUGAACAUUGUCAGCCCCAUUCAAUGCAGUAUGAAUGGGAGGAAGUGUGCUGUCAUCGUGGAAACCAAGAUCAACCAAUCACAGCCAGACUUCACCAAAAACAGAUCAGGAUAUAUUCUCUCAGUGCCAGGCAACUAGAGGUUCAAGCAGCCCCUCUUAACUGUAGGAUAUCACCUGCUUUAUACUAGUCAAAACUUUUGAGUUGAACCUCAGAAAUGAAGCCAUACCAAAUUUGCAUGGAGGCAGGCAAGAAGGAUGUUUGAUUUUUCUGGUAGUAAUAUAAUAAAUUCCAAACUCCGGCUCAGAUUAUAUACAAGAUGACAAGGAGGAGGUAAGGAUAUACAUCCUCAAAGAAUAUUUUCCAGGCCCGGAUCCAUGUAUUUAUUAAACAUUACAACCAAAUGAAAGGUAAUCAUAAAUGUAAUAUUUAUGUGGAACAGGAGACGCAGGGCUUUAAAAAUAUCGAACUUAUGUUUUUAAAUACUGAAGGGUUUUUCUUUAAAGGGAAUAUGUUGGUUUUUGAUUAGUGGUUUAUGUGGGAUAAAGAGUAGCUUUGCUUAUGUCCCGAUGUCUCGCACAGAUUAUAUGCAGUUUUGGAGUUGCUGCUGAAUUUUGUUUAUCAGAGCUGGUUGAGAGGGAUAUGUUGAUCAUAUCUUUAAACUCAUUAACUGCUCAGAGAGGAGCGUUAAACUUUCUCGUAAUUUAAACUAUUAUUUUUCUGCAUAUUUCUGGUAAUCUAUAGCUAGGUAAAUAUUGAACACAGAAACUGUCGUAGAGAAUAUUGGAUUGUAGCUUACAUAAUGUACUGUAUACACUACAUAUAACGUAGGUAGGCGAGAACUGUCAUUUAUUCACAUAUUUCUUUAUCUUGGAGUAGAGGCAGCAUAAAGGAGGUGAUGAUUGCGUCAGGCUAUGUUAUUUUCUAUUGCCAUUUUAUAUAAUAAUAGUGGUCCCAUGAGAAACAUACGCCCUCUCGGAGAACACACCAGGUGAAGUCGUCCAGUCGCCCUGGCUGAUUCUUUGGUCUGUCGCAAAAUAAUCAAGGAGGAUCAUUUUAGCAUUUAAUAAUUUCUGUAAUGAUGAAGCUGUAAAAUAGACAAAAGAGACACUCUUAUGUUUACAAAGACUGAACUCAAAAUAGCCCAAAGGUGGUCGCCAUUAUUUAUAUGAGCCAUAAAGGACAAAAAUAUGUUUUUGUCACCAAAAAAACAUAAGAAAAGGAAAAUCCUCUAAACCACUAGUGAUAAUAUUUGAAGAGAACAGGCAACCAGUUGUUCCGUUAUGGUCCGUUUUCACUUGUCAAAUGGCUUUUCAAUAUGCAAUGCUUUGUUUAACAAAAAAACUAGCCAGCUGUAAUAUUUGUAAACUUUGCCUCUACAGUACAGUGGCCCCAAAAAGUAUUUGGACACUUAAGUAACACUUAAAAAUGCAUGAAUGUCUAAGCAAGUGGCAUUUAUUUUUCAAGCAAAACUUCCAUGCAAAACUACUUUUUUAGGUUUGAAAUGCUAAAACCAGAGACCUACUCUGCAAAAUGAAGACCCAAAGUAUUUGGAACCUCUCUGGUUGUCAAACAUUAGUGGAAAAAGUCCACAGUUAAUGUGAUGAACUACCCCUAUGGUUACUCUGCAAGCACCUGCGUGACCCUGAGUAAAACUUCAUACAUCCACUAAAAAUCACUUUGACAUCAGUCUGUUGAAAGUCAUUGCAAAUAUGGCUCAGAAAUGAAGUCUUUUCUAAGAAAAUCUCUAGUAUUAUUUGAUUGCAGAUUCCACUUGUUUUGAUAUUUUGUAUCUAAUGCCAUUAAAUUCAAACAGUUUAAAAUGUGGCUUAAGUGUCCAAAUACUUCUUAAAACCAUUGUAUGUGUGUGAGUGUGUGUUCAAAUAUGAGAGCGAGAAUGAAAGAAAGAGCAGUAUUUAUUCAUAUUAACAAAAUCAACGUCUGCCUUAGUUUAAAGCUUCCAGUACUGACAGACAAAGUGCCAAACUGAUAUUCAUUCCUAAGCAUGCAGUUUCAUAAAUAUUCUUUUUUGAUCAUUGUUUCGUUGUAAUGUCCGUGACUGGUAGCUAAGGAAGUAUGAUCUUUUUUUUUUUAUCAGUUAAUUAGGAUCGUUCCUUGUGGCCAAAAACAUAGUUAAGCUUCCAUCGGCAUAGCAUCUGUCCUUGCUGUGAUGUACCACGGCAUGUGAUGUGAUUUAAAUGGGGAAUAAUGGAUCGGAUAGCAAGCUGUGUCCCACAACUUAUGAUCCAGGCCAAUCGGACUAUCAUUUUUAGCAAGUGAUAAGCAAUGCCUGCAAUCAGCACAGUCAAUGUGGUUUUGAAAUAGCCUCAGGUUAAAUGUGAAUGCUUAUGCAUGCCUGAUUUCUAUUACAAUUUUCCACAACCAUCCAUUUGUAUGCUUUGCACUGCAAAAAAAAAAAAAAAAAUCAUGUUUCUACUCAGUAUAUCUGUUUGUUUUGCAGUAUUCCAUAUAUCUUUAAAACGUGAUAAAUGUACUUGUGAAGCAAUGUUGUGUAAGAUAUUAAGACUUGCUUUUAGAAAAUACUGUAUAUAUUGAACUAAGGUUAUUUUUCUUACCCAAUUUGCAAAUUUGUUUUACUAGUUUUAAGCAUAAUUCAAACCAAAUAUAGUGGAGUUUAUGCUCAAAAUAAGAAAAAAAUGAUUGCCAAUGGACCAAGAAAUUAUUAUUUUUUAAAUCAAGAUAUAUUAUCUGAAAACAGGUCUUAGUAGCUUACACAAUUUUGCUUCUCAUGUAAAAAAAAUGUUUAGAUAAACUAGACAAUUAUGAAAUAAACAGGUCCUCUCCUCUAAAUCAUUUUACAUAGGAAGGAAUAAUUAUGUCCAUUUACAAAGCCAAUACCAGCUUCCCCUCUUGCCCAUCUUCCCUCACUCUCUCUCUCUCUCUCUCUCUCUCUCUCUCUCUCUCUCUCUCUCUCUCUCUCUCUCUCUCUCUCUCUCUGUCUCUCACAUUACACUCUCUUGUCUUCUUCCUCUCUGUCCCAGUACGCUUCCUCUUGACUAUAAGCCUGUUUCAGUAAAGUGUGUCAACAGAAACACACAGUGUCCCCAGUGCUAUUUGGAAGAUAAAGUCAGACACCCUACCCACAGACAACAGACACCCAAGUAACAGAUUCCUCACGGUUCAGGAACUGCUCACGGAUCUCUUAGAACUCUUUGCCAGAAAGGUGAAGUUUUAAAUACAACAAAUGCACUUUUAAUUACUGUUAUAUCAGGCUUUUCUUGAAUCUAACACAGUGUCUUUCAUUGCCAAUGGUUAGGCAUACCUGUUAUUUGUUUUGUCUCUCAAUAGAGGCAUAUUGACAAUAUGUGAAUGCUCUCUGUUGCCUUAAAAAAUAAGACUUGUUUGAUUUUCAGUUAUACUGUUUAAAAUACUAUUUUACAACUCUUUCUGUGGGUAGAGCGAUCUGUUUUGUUAGUAAUAGUUAUCUUGUAUAUUCAUCUUUUUGUUCUUGUCAUCAACCCUACUGGUGCAAUUUAAGUGCUAAAUAAUUUAAUUCCUUAAAAACAUGUUUAAUGUUGUUUGUUCAAAUUUGUUUAGUUAUACAUGUUCAUCUUGGUUAAUAUUAGCAUCCUUGAGAUUUAAUCUGAUCAAUCAAUGUGCCUACUUUUGUACUUCUAUUUAGGUAAUAUAUUAUUUUAAAAUUAUGUUUUUAAAAGAUGCUACCCAUGCUUGGACCAAAUCAAAAAAGGAAUCCUGUUUAUACAGUGUGGUUGUUGAAAACAGCUUUUUCAUAUCUAUAUUAAUGCAAAAAUUAUUCUGUAAUUUGUGCAUUUUUUUUAUUCAUGUUCAGAUAUCAAAAUACUUUCAUUUUGCAGAAAUAUUAUACUAUAUUGCAGACUUAUUACUGAUUUACCAUUUUGUUAAUCAAAUACAGGCUGCACCAAAUAUCUGCUCCUGAAAUAAACUUGUCCUUGAAGUGUC